CAGUCACACAAACGCAAUUUGUUGUUUUCUAUCAUCGUAGCUGGUAAAUUGAUGUGAACCCAAUUGGGGCCCCAAUGUGCUGCAAGGCUGCUGUUCCAGGCAAACUCAACUCGGCAUUCGAUUUAAAGCUUUGCGUGUGAGUGUGCGAGUGUGUGUGUGGGAGGAGCAGUGGGAUUCCAUUUAUUUUCGGCCACACUGAGAAUUCCAAACGGAACGCGUGUAAAGUUUUUUAUGAACGCAAAUAUUAACGGAGGCGCGGCUGCCUCUGGAGCUGGAGCUGGAGCUGUUGGUGGAGGUGGAGGCGGAAGUGGAGCAGGUGGAGGAGGUGCUGCUGCAGCUGGAGGUGGCGCUGCAGGAGCCGCAGCAGCUGCUGCUGCUGCUGGCGGUGCUGUAGCUGCUGCUGGCGCAUCAGCUGGAGCCGCUGGAGCUGGAGCUGCGGCACCUGCUGUUGGUGUUGUGGCAGCUGGCGAUGCUGCAAAUUGUGCCAGUGGCAAUAACAAUGCAAAUCCAGUGGCGGCCACAAAUGGUGGCAGCGAAGGCACCACAACGCCCCUAAACGAGGAUCAGGAUGCCAAGCGACGCAAAUGCUUGGAAACAGACGAGGCACAGGAUGGCGCUAGCACAAUGAUCGAUGCGAAUAGCGUGCUGAACAAGAUUGCGCAUCUGUAUGCGGACAAACUGAUGUCGGACAUUGUGCUGCUGGUCGAUGGCAACGAGUAUCCGGCUCAUCGUGUCAUUCUCUGCGCCAGCAGCGACGUCUUUCAGGUGAUGCUCAUGAACCCGGAGUGGAAUGAGUGCAGCAAGCGUGUCAUUGAGCUGCACGAGGAAGCCUGCUGUUCGGCGGUCUUUCCACAGUUCAUCAAGUAUCUGUAUGUGGGCCACAUUGAGGUGGCGCUGCAGACGGUGAUGCCAAUGCUGGCAUUAUCCGAUAAAUACAAUGUACGCGACCUCAUCGAACUGUGCGUCGGCUAUAUGAUGAAGCAUGUGGCGAAGGCGGCAACCAGUGGCUAUUUGGUCUCAUGGUUACAAUAUACAUUGUCAUUUACGCCCACGCAUAAUGAUCUCACCGAAACGUUGAAGCGUUUUCUCAAAUGGAAUCUGGGCAUGGUCGCUGAAUCGAAGGAUUUCGUUGAUAUGGAUCCGGCCAUAUUGCAAUUGCUGUUGCAGCAGAAUGACAUUGUUGUCGCCAGCGAGUACAAAUUGUUUAACAUAUUGCAGACGUGGCUACUGCAUCGUCACGAUCUCAUCGAGGCCACCAGCAAUCUGAGCGCCGAGAAGAAGGCCAGCAGCUUUGUGGAGCUCAUCGAGCAGACGGUGAUGCAUAUACGUUUCGGGAUGAUGACACCCACCGAGCUAUCAAAAUUGAUGUGUGUGCCGUUGAUUAAGUAUCACAAUAAGUUCCUCGUUGAGCGCAUUGCCAUCGGUAUGAGCUAUCAAUCUGGGCAGGAGGAUCGGGUGCGUGAGGUGCGCUAUUCGGAGUGCGGGGAGCUGCAAUUUACGCCACGUCUCUAUUGGAACGAUACGUGGAGUGUGGGCAUCGAUGUGCCCAACUUUGAUGAGAUUGAGGACUAUAAGAACUAUGUAACCUGCUUCUUUUCGCAACGUCAUAUCGCCGAGACUGAGGAUGAUCCCUGCAUGACUUGGGAAAUCGAAUUCUUUCCACGCGGAGUCAAGUACAAUAAGGCCAAAAUGGUGUGUGGCGAGGAUGUGCCUGGCUGCUCACUGAACACGGUGCGAUUGCGCGUCACCUGCAAGCACAACAACAUCGAGGAGGAGCGCUUCAAGAUUGCUGUGCUCAUUGUUGGAGUGCAAAAUCAAAUUCCGCACAUACGAACCGUUGUGGAGCGCACAGAGUAUUUUUCGGAUGAAGCACGUGUCAUCAAUUUGGAUAAUCUAUUGCCAUACGAGGAGCUGGAGCAUACAUCGCCCUAUUUGAGUCCCCAUCUGACUGGGAAUCAGCGCAAUACGCUCUCCCUGCACGUGGUCAUCACACCAAUGGAUGCGCACACCUGUCGCGAUACGCCGCCAUUUCAAUUUUGAAGAAUUGAACAACAAAAAGACACAAUCCACAAUAUCCAGAACAUGUGCGAAUUCAGAUCUAUAUAUCCUAUAUAUAUAUAUGUGUGUAUAUAUAUAUUUAUGUAUAUAUAUAUAAAACAAAAACAAAGUGUGUAGAAUUUCGAUGGAAGAUCGUUUUGAAUCGCAAAUUGAAUCGGAAUAUACAUGAUUUGCAAAUGUAUUUAUUCUGUGUGUAUGUUUUUUGCAUAGCGAUAUAGCUCUUAACCAUUUAUUUCUUCCAUAACUUUGUAUAAAUGACAUGAACAUACGAUUGCAAUACGUUUGUAGAGUGUUUAAUUCUUAUUUCUAAAUAAUUAUAAUUCAAUUAUGUUUUUGUUUUCUUUUUUUUUUGUGUUCUCACAUGGACUUGAAGUUAUGAAAGAAUAUAGAGAGCUAUUUAAUUGAUA